AUGUAUUGUGAAUCAACUCUUUCGGAUGCAAAAAUUAAUCUCAAUUUUGCCAAAAGUGCCUUCGAAAAUUUAAAAAAUAAAGAAUAUUUAUAUAAUAGAGGGCUAGAAGUAAUAAAUUAUGGUCAAGAUUUGUUAGAAGAAAUCACAAAAUUGAUGUUUCCCGAAGGCUCAUAUUCUUUGAACGGAGAUAUAAAUGUUGAUGAUGAAGCUAGUAAAAAUGAAAAGGAUAUAAAUAAGGUCCACGAAAAUGUGCUAAAUGUUAAAGCUAUUAAUUAUAAACUUCGAGUAUUUAUCGUAGAGUCCAUAACUUUUCAAAACCUUAAAAAUUUGUUAGACGAAGAAAAUCAAAGAAGUGGUUGGGAAAAGAUUAGAUGUAGAGCCAUGUCCUUAGCAAACUUUCUUAUAAUUCCUCAACAUCAAUUUAAUUGUGAAAUUAUUAAAAGUGAACUUUCAGGUGGUGGAUUAGUUAGAGGGAGUAAUGAUCACAUAAUUCAACGAAAGUAUCUAGAACAUAAAGUUGCUGAAAAGAUUACUACUGAUAAAUCUUUGUAUGAAUUGAAGAAGGAAAUUAAUUUUAUGCGAAAUCUUUGUGAAUGUUCAUAUAUUCUUGAAUUCUACGGGUACUGUCGUCGAUCUACCACUGAAUUCUCCAUAAUUUCAGAAUGGGCUGAUUAUAAUUUGCAAGCGUACCUUAAUGACCAUCCUUUAGAGCCAACCGAAAAACUAUCGAUUGCCCGUGGAAUUGCUAGUGCAUUGGAUUAUUGUCAUGAAAAAGAUAUUUUACACUAUGAUAUUAGAACUUCUAAUAUACUGUUAAAUGAAUUUUUACAACCUAAACUGUAUAACUUCCGAACUAAUGAAGAAUCUACAUCAUCAGCAUCACUUAGUAUUUUAAGGUGGAGUUCACCGGAAAGAAUCCAAGGUGAAAAAUACAACAAAGCCAGUGAAGUAUAUAGUUUCGCACUAGUUAUGUGGACCAUUUUAUAUCAACAAAUGCCCUUUAUUACCUUAACUUCAAAGGAGGAAAUCAAACGUCAAAUACUUGACAAAACCCGUCCAGAACUUACUACUAUAGACGGUAUACCAGCUGAAUAUCAAGAAAUUAUUAAAAAAUCCUGGUCUCAUGAUCCUUCUGCACGUAAUAAUAUGAACAUUAUUUUAGAACAUUUGAAUAGAUUAGAUCUUGAAAGUUUCUCUGACAUUUCUAAUCAGGAUGCAGAUGAUUAUUUUGAUUUUAAUAGUGCGAAUAUGGAUCCAGUAACUGCAACAAUAUUAAAAAGUAAAGAAUUUGAGAUGUGUUGUCGAUGUAGUCAAUAUCCACCCAAAUCUAAACAAAUAGAACAAG